UGUUUACGCUUUUCCACUAUUCAGCUGGGCAAUGGGAAUAUAUUAAGGGGAGAAGAGCAGAGGCAGUACUGAACCCACAUAAAGUUUGCUGACCUUUGGCACAGUUACUCUGUUAACAGGGAACUGGGGCGACCCCAAUGCAGAGGCAGGCACAAUUGUGUGGUGAAAGGAGCAGUAAAUUGUAGAAGCAAACUAAGGAACGAGCCAAGAGCAGGACAACAGUAGAUGCAAUGAAUAGAUGUGAUUGCAGCAGCAGCAGCAACAACACCAGAAUCAGUGAGGCUUUGGGGCAUGGAAUAUACCACUUGUAAGGCAGGCAAUCACAAUUACAAUCACAGCAACAAAGGGCGCACAUAUCGCUGGCAGGGACACACAAUCGAGCUAUCGAUUUAACACACAACCACUGGCGGGUGGCCGUGGCUCUGGCAACACGCUUGAUUACCGCAUGUAAAUAGCAACAACAGUGUUUUUGCCUUCACGUUGCAAGGACUUACUAUACGUUGCGCAUACGUGUAAAGAGUUAUUGUCAUUCACUCACUUGCUUUGGAAGCCCAUAUGGCACAUGUUCAUCAGUUGAGUAGCCUAGAGGACAAAAAGGAAACGAUGCCGCUUGAACGACAGCAACUGAAACAGGAAAUGUUAAAGCCUGUUAAGAAAAAGACACAUACAGCGACAAGCAUUCUCUGUGAACUGACACGACUCAAGUCCCAGCAAAAGUAUCUUGAAUGCAAUCAGGUUAAGCUAAAUCCAAAUCACUUUCUUGACGAUGACACCCCUAUUGAGGAUGUAGACCAUAGCACUAGCCCAAACAAUGGAGGAGAGUUGAAAGAGGCCAAGAACGCAACUGACCUUCGAAAUUCCGAAACAACGAUCGCCAGCCUCAUAAAUGAAAUCGAGCAUUUGAAAUUUUUGUUGAACGAACAGCUACAAGCAUAUCGCAACGAGAAACGUGACGAAUUGGGCGAUAUGUGGCACUAUAUAACUGCAAUCAAGGACGAUGUAUUCCGACCAGAACGCCUCAGCCAAUAUACGACAAAUACUUUACGCGAACGCAUCAUCGGUAUCAACGCUCAAUUAGAUCGCUUGAAUGUCAAAAAUUCAAACGAUCUGCAAUCACUUCAGAAGGCUUACAACAAAAUGGAGCAAGAGGUCCAGGUUCUAUGGAAAGGUGGAUUUUAGUGAUGACUUUAAGAUUAAAUUAAAUCGAAUUGAUGCGGUUAAUAUAAUAAAAUCAUUUGUACUGAGUUUUGUAGCCCCAAAAACGAUUAAAGCACCAGAAUUACAAUCCAAUAA